AUGGCUGACCUUGAUGCCGACGCAUCUGCGCCUCCUGUUAAGAAAAAGUUCUCGCUCUUCAAAAAGAAACUAGCACCUUCGCAAGCACCCGAUCCAAAACCUGGUCAAAAUCAUACCGAUGCUUUUAGUCGCGCAAAGGCCUUAUUUCCAAUACAUGUCAAGGAGAAAGAGGCUCAAAGGGAGAGGAAGGCGGCGACUUUAGAGAAAAAGCGGUCAUCACAGAGUAGGGAGAAAUCAUCAUCUAGUCCUAGACUGGAUAAAAGAAGAAAGGUUUCAAAUGAGAAUGUGAAGGUGAAUUUAAAUGAUUUGGGUAGUGAGACGGACGAUGAGGAACCACAGGAUAGAGGUUCAUCAUUAUCUACGCCUAGUAGCCGGCAGUCACAAACCAGAUCCCCGCAAAAGAAGCGCCGCUCACCUACGACUUUGAUGGGCCGUUUUGCAAAAGAUGUGCAAAGUAAAAGUAAGAAGAGUGAGGAACAGGAAGCUGUUGCGAAGGGUUACAUAUCUGUGAGCGAUAGCGACAGCGACGAUGCCGCGCCUGUUAGGCAAUCUAUUAGCAGGAGUUCUUCUCCAGUUGUAACCUCUGCAGCCCAGGUAACUAUUAUUGACGAUGACGAAGAUGCACUUUCCGAGGAGGAGUUUCCGGAACUAUUGGCCAAGGCACGAGAGAACAAGAGGCUCGCCGAUCUAGCACAGCAGAGAAGUAAUGCCGAGUGGGCCAAUAGGAAUCAUGAGGCAGGCCGAAUUGCGGCAGACGACGAUGUCUUCCAAGACAGACAGAAAGGCGAACCCGUUCUAGAAAUAUUCAUCUCGUCUCGACUUGAAAACACGAAGAAUUUGGUCAUCAAGAGAAAACUUCACCAACGUUUACGAGAAGUUCGACAAGCCUGGUGUGACAAACAAAAGUGGGAGGGAGAAUCUAUGCCGGAUGAACUGAAAGAUGCGAUUUUGCUCACAUGGAGAAACAAGAGAUUAUUCGACUCUAUGACAUGCGCAUCUCUGAAUCUAGACUUCAACACCAAUGGCGACCUUGAUAGCUCGGGCGAUGGUUUCAAUAAUGGCAGGAUACAUAUGGAAGCAUGGACCAACGAGCUCUGGGAUGAUUGCUGCAAAGCUGCGGAUGCCGAAGAUAUUAGUGAUGAAGAGGAACCCAUUGAAGAAGUCAUACCAGAACCCGCCGCCAAAAUGAGAUUGAUCCUCAAGGCACAGUCGAAGGAUAUCAAGGAAUUCAAAACAUACGUAAAAGACACCACGACAGUUCAGAAAUUGAUGGAUGGGUUCCGAAGCACAAAUAAGAUUCCAGCGGACAAGAAAAUCAUCUUGAGUUUUGAUGGCGAUCACUUGGAGCCGGAUGCCACGGUAGAGAAUGCGGGCUUUGAUGAUAUGGACACGGUUGAGGUGUUGAUUAGAUGA